AUGAAGGCAGUCUCGAGAGCAAAAUUGAGGAAUCUUUUACUAAAGAAAAAUACUUCGCAUAUGUUAAAACCGGAAGAUAUAUCAAAAUCAAGUGAAGAAGUUAUAAGUAGUCUGUUACCUCAGGCUAGCACACUCGAUGCAUAUAGUCAACCAUUUACUGCAGAGGAUGUUCAAAUGCAUGAGCAAGAGGUACCGUCAGACAGUGAUUCAGAUGCAAGCAGUGUUGGUGAUCAUCUCGUUGACCCGAGUACGAUCAAUCUGGAUGAAACAUUCUUUUCACAACCAUUGCAAAAUUUACCCGCAACUGCAACAAUACCAUAUUCUGGUGUGGCUUUGUUCGGCGAUGCAUCCGGACGGUCGGAAUCCGAGGAUGAGAAAGAACCAGCCUUCGAAGAGGACGAUCGAAUGUAUCAAAUAUUCACUCAGAUAUCCGAUUACGAUAGGAUGAUAAAGGAAGUGAAAGACUGUAAUGAGUCGCUUGAACGACGAAGAAAGGCAAUGGAGUCGUUGCAGAAGUUACAAGCGUAUGAGGAGAGCUACGAUGUUCCGUUGAUGCUUACUCAAAUGGAGGAUAUUCAAGAGGUUCCUCUGUGUGCUGGAGGGGAUCCCGACUGGGAGCAUGUAGAACAGAAACAUAUCGCACAAGCGGAGAGGGACAAUAACAUCGAGAUAAUUGUUUCCGGUAAUAAGCAGAGGACUACACGUACACUAACUGCAGCCGAAAAGUUGAAACGGUUGGAGCAGGAAAAUACCAAAAAAUUGUUCUUAGCCACACACAAAACCCAUCUACUGUUACUGAUAGCGUAUGGCAUCAGGAUCAAUCAAGCAGUCAAUCAAAGAAUGAUCCAAUGUGCCUCGGAACUGUACGGAUUGGUUGAAAGUAGCGACAUUUCCAUGUGCGAAGCAGUCAGUCUCGAUUUUAUCCAAUCCGUAACGGAGUACUAUCAAACUGUGAUGAAGCUUUGCCACGGAGCCGGUCCACGAGUCAUCAAAAGGCGGAAUGAUUUCGAGCGGGAACUUGCUUCCCGGGAGGUAACUUCCCGACAAAUGCUUAACAUUAUUCUUCUGGCUCUGUUCCGUUUUCUAAGCGUUCGUGCAAGACUUGUAAUGAAUCUGGACGUGGUACCAAAACAUCCGCCAGUCGUUAAAUCUAUGCCGAAGGAAAAACGACAGCUCGAUGUUCGAAAAGAUGCAAGCGACGGUACAUCACGGUACGGUAACGUUCCGCUAACUACAACGGAAAUUUUAAAACGUAAACCAGAAAUACAGAAAAUGUUUCAACUGUCCCAGCUCGAUGGUGCAGAUGAUGAGCUGAUAUUAAACAAGAAGUCACGUGUAGAGAUUGAGCCCACAAAAUCUGAGCCGUCGAAGCUGAAUUUAGCAGUUAUUGCUCCAAAAAGUCGCAAAGAAGCAGCUAAUAGAUUAGAAGAUCACUUUCGCGAAGGUGAACAAAAGGCGUUAAGAUUGAUAUCUUCAAAAUAUUUUCGGCAUAAGCCCGCGACGAAACAAAUGAAUAAUGUACGGGGGAAUACGAUCAACACCAGUCAAAAGCCAAAUUUUGCAAAACUGCUCAAGAAAACGCUAGACUCGUCGGUAAAAGAUGGUUCGAAAUCGGAAGAAAAUUCGCUCUUAUUAUCGUCUUCUAAAUACUUUAGGAAAAAGCCCUCAGCUGUACAAACUGCGAGCUCAAGCGAUCAUAAGAAAUCCAUCAGUAAUGUACCAAACUUAGCAAAACUUCGACGUCAGUCGUCAUCAACUGUAGGCGAGAGUGUGAAGAAAACGGACAAACAAACGUACCGCAUACCGGAGCUCGAUACAUGGAUUGAAUGUUAUCUGGGAAAGGAACGACGUUGGACCGUGGUUGAGGCUGGAUUGGGAAGCGCCGAUUGUUUGGAGCUUGUGAUGGACCGGAUUCUUGCGCCACCGUCGUAUGCAUUUGCCUGGGAAGCGGACGGCACCAUCGUUGAUGUUUCACCACGCUAUCGAUGGCGCAACGAACAACUGGCUUUGAAAAACCGUGUCGAUACAAAAUGGCUCCGUAAAGCGCUCUCCAAGUAUCGUCCACGUGAGCUGGAUGAGGCACACUUGCAAGAGCAGCUCGAAUUUCGACAGCUUAAGCUACGGGCACCCAGACCGAUCACCAUUGCACAGUGCAAAAAUCAUCCAUCUUACUGUUUGCGUAGACAUUUGCAAAAAUUUCAAGCUAUCUAUCCGCCGGAUGCACCACCGUUGGGCUUCGUUCAAGGAGAGCCACUGUUUGCCCGUGAGUGUGUACAUACGCUACAUUCGCGCGAAGUUUGGUUACGGCACGCGAAGGUAAUUCGACUCUACGAGCAGCCUUACAAAAUUGUUCGUACGAAGCUAAAGCGACAACCAGCCGAUCUGGAAUUGUUCGGCUACUGGCAAACGGAGGAGUACAUCCCACCGGAACCCGUCAAUGGUAUUGUGCCGCGCAAUGCCUAUGGGAAUAUAGAAAUCUUCAAAGAAUGUAUGCUACCGAAAGGCACGGUACACCUGAAGCAUUAUGGACUAUCGUACAUUUGUCGUAAGCUUGGAAUCGAUUAUGCUGUUGCGGUGGUUGGUUUUGGAGUGCACGCCGGUGGUAAUCAUCCCGUGUUUGAUGGUAUUGUGAUAUGUGAGGAGCAUCGCGAUCGUUUGCUGGAGGCGUGGCAGCGGCAUCAGGACGAAGUGGCACAGAAAAAGAUAGAAAAGAGGCAAACCGCGGUGCUGAAAAAUUGGGAGAAGCUCGUGAAAGGAUUGCUUGUGCGCAGAAAGCUAAAACACAAGUACAACUUUGACGGAAUGUAG